UCAUGUGUAUGUUCCAAAGCGGGUCAAUAUGUAAUUUCAAUUAAAUUUAAUCAUGAACAUAUUCCGAACUCACCAUUUCGAGUUGUUAUUGGUCAAACUAAUCCUAAUCCAGAUCGAUUUGAUGCUUCUGGUGCUGGCUUACAUGAAGGAGUUAUUGGUCAAUCAGGUGGAUUUUUAGGUGAUACAACAAAUGCUGCUACUGGUGUAUUGAAAGUUACAGUUAAUGGGCCAACAAAAGUUCAACCUGAUUGUAAAGCAGUAACUGAAGGUACUGGAGUUCACAAAAAUCGUGGAGAUGUUGAUGAUCUAAGUAAGAUGACAACAAUAUUAUCAUUAUAUACUCAACGUUCAGACGGAGAACUAACAAUUCAUAGAAAUUCCGAUACCAUUAUUAAAUGGACAUCAUAUUCAUUAAGUUCACAAAAUAAUAAUACUAUUGUGGAUGCAAGUCGAGUACGAGUACAUGGGGAUGGUUUAAUACGAGCUAUUAAAAAUGAAAAAGCAACAUUUAUUGUAGAUGCAUGUGAUAGUGGAAAUGCUAAGUUAACGGUAGAUGUACUUAGUCCAAAAGGUCCAUGUAAAGAAGUAUUUAUACAGUACAUUGGAAAAAACCAAUAUUAUGUUGAAUAUAUAGUUCGAAAGAAGGCUCCUUAUUAUAUGUUGAUUGUGAAAUGGGAUGAUCAACAUAUUCCAGGUUCUCCGUGGCAUAUUAAUGUUGUUAAAAUCAAAUGCUGA